AUGGCUGCAUCCACCAUGUCCGUCUGUUCCAGUGACCUGAGCUAUGGCAACCGCUUCUGCCUGCCUGGUUCCUCUGAGUCUUGUACUGGCUCCUCCUAGGAGGUGGACGACUGCCCUGAGAGCUGCUGUGAUCCCCCAUGCUGCACCCCCACCUGCUGUGCCCCAGCACCCUGCUUGACCCUCCUCUGCACCCCCAUGGGCUGUGUGUCCAGCCCCUGCUGCCAGGUGGCCUGUGGAUCCAACCCCUCCCAAUCAGGCUGCACCAGCUCCUGUGAACCCUCCUACUGCCAGCAGUCUAGCUACCGGCCCUGUUCCUGCACUUCCAUCCCCUGCCAGCAGGCCUACUGUGUACCUGUCUGCUGCCAGCCCCCUGUCUGUUCCCCAUCCUGCUGCAAACCCACCUCCUGUGUGUCCCUGUUCUCACCUGUGUGCAAGCCCAACUGCUGUGCGCCCACCUCCCCCUGCUGUCUCCCUGCCUCCUGUGUGCCUCUGACUCGCUCACUCACACCCUCCUCCCAGCUCACCUCCUCCCACCCCACCAUGGCUGACACCUGCUGCUCCAGGACCUGUGUUCCAGCUGCGUCCACCGUGUCCACCAGCUCCAACGACAGGAGCUAUGGCAGCCGCAUCUGCCUGCCCAGCGCUUACACCGGCUCCUCCUGGGAGGUGGACGACUGCCCCGAGAGCUGCUGUGAGCCCCCCUGCGGCACCUCUACCCGCCGUCAGCCCCCCUGCUGUGCCCCUUCCUGCUGCCAACCCACCUGCUGUGCCCCUACCUGCUCCACGCCAGCCCCCUGCCUGACCCUCAUCUGCGCCCCUGUAAGCCCCUACUGCCAGGAGGCCUAUUCUCAGGAGGGGAACACGCGAUUUUGA